CUAAAGAGCUCUUUGAUCGUACUUCCGGUAUUUUUCCAAAUAAAACAUUCCACCCGCAUAUCUUCAUUUGUAGCUUUAUUCAGCGAAGUAUGGUCAUGGAAAAUCUUUGAUACCAGCAGUUGAAGAUACACAUAGAUUAUAUGUACCUGUGAAUAAAGGUUGGGAGAAUACAGCAUACACCAUGGCUGGACAAAUGUGGGAUGUUGAAAAAAUGCCUAUAGGACAGGCUAUACUGAGAGACGACUAUGCUGAAAUUGACAAGCUUGUCGCCAAUGGAGAAGAUAUUCACUUUAAAGACAGAAAAGGUAUGACAUACCUUCAUUUUGUAUGCAGCAUGUAUAAACCCCAUGCCUUCUACAAGCUGAUUGCCUUGGGUGUCAAUUUAGAUGCACAGAACAGGAAUGGCAAUACACCUCUCCACAUCACCGCUAUCCAAAAUGAGGCUUGUCACGUCACAGACUUACUGGCAUGUGGGGCUGAUCCUACCAUUCAAAAUAUGAUGCACAAGACAGCUGAACAGACAGGGUCUGAGAAUAAAUUCUGGCGUGAGCUGUACAUGAAGUAUGAGCCUGGCCUGUAUCAGGCCAUUGGACGCAACGACAUUGACAGAGUGCGGGAGAUAUUACAACUCUGGCCUAAACUGGAUAUUAUCAAGGAAGGGAGAACUCCAUCACAGUCUGCAGUACAUGAAGGUCACAGUGACAUCUUCACGUUAAUAGAGCAGCAUAAGCCAACAAUGAGUGUCAUAUAUGGAGUCCUUGAAGGCAAUAUUUCCAAGAUGGACUGGGGGCUCGAGAGACCAGGAUGUGAUGUCAACUUUCUCAAGCAGGAUUCUACAAGGAGUCAUAUACUUCAAUAUGCUAUUGAACUCAACAAUCAUGCUAUGGUGAAGCGCCUGUUGGAUCAUAAUGCUGAUGUCAAUACUAUUGUGGACAUCAAGGAUUAUGUUAAGGCACCUCUAUACUUUGAAGUAUUGAAAAAGCCACAUGGAAUAGACCCGAAGAUUGUUGAUGAUGUCAUACAUUCUAAUUGUGACUUCACUCUUCGGGAUGAAAAUGGCAGAAAUGUACUGAUGUAUUCUUUAGAUAGAUCUCUUGGUCAGACUCCAAUGCCGUUAGUGGAGCACUUUAUGAAACAAGGCCUCGAUAUAGCACAGCGUGACAUUACAGGGGUGACAGUGAGAGAUGUGGCCUUGUUCUGUGACAGGCCGGAUAUCAUCAGAUGUAUAGAUAUGUAUGUGAUAGACUUGGUGAAGUCGUCCAAUAUUCCUAGACUGGAGCAGCUUGCCAGUGACGGGUAUGAUCAUUUUUUUCUAACUUACAACCAUCGUGAUACAUGGUUGUAUGCUAGUGGUAACUCUACAGAGCUAGCUCUACAGUUUGUUGAGUAUCUGAAUGAGUUUACACGCUGUUCAAAUCUUCUACAUGAAUCAAUAGCAAAUAAAGGAAGCAUGAAAAAGAUUCGGGCUUUGAUCGAGACGUGCACACGUGCUCAUAUGGUCGUAAAUGUCAAGGACAAAGCAGGACGUACUCCUUUAAUGAAAGCUAUCAUGUAUGAACGAGCUGACAUCGCUGAGUAUCUGCUUGAGCUGGAAGCAAAAUUAGUGUCAGACCAUGAUAAUAGAGGGCGAUACCCACUCCACUAUGCAAGUGCCUUAGAAAAGGAAGGAGCAGAAUUUGAGAAAAUGCUAUUGGACAGUGGGGCGGUUUCAAACUUGAUGGACUUUAGGCUGAAGACAGCUGCUCAGUUGAAGCAUCUGAUUGAAACAAGAAAGGAGCAGUCUUUCAUUAAAGCUGAAAAACUCAAGGAAUUUGGUUUGGAGAAAGAGCUGACAUAUCUGCUGAAGUACAGUGAGUUGAAAACAAUCAUCGAAACUGCUGACUCUACAGAAAAUGAUUUCUCUAACGCAUUGAGAAGUUUUCAUCAUCCAAUAACAGAUGCCCCCAAGGUGUUACUCCCAAAUGAUACAGCUCUCGUCAGUAAUUUCUCUGAUUUGAUUUUCGUAGCUGUGCUGCACAACAAGGGUGACAUUGUGAAAAAACUUGUGCAUAUAGGGGCUGAUUGUGAUAGGAAGGAAAUGUGUGAUAUUAACUGUAAAACUGCAAAUGAUAAAAAGAGUGCUUCCAAAUUGCUGAAUGCUGAGGAGUUUGCGUAUGAACUCGGGUUAAAUGAUCUCUGUGAUUUUAUAAAACAACAUAAGCUUACAAGACCCAAGAACCAACUGAGUGAUGCAACCUGAAGAUUAUAUGCACAACUACAUUAUGUACUAUACUAUUUAUGGUCUAGCUUAAAACAGUUAGAGUAGUAUGAUCUGGACUGUUUAUACAGGUGAUCUGUAUGUUAAACACCAUGUUUAAGGUCAAAGUUCAUUCUACUCUACCUGAAUAUAAAGACUGAAUAGUAGAAAUUGACAGCUUAGCCUGUUGACAUAGUACGUAAGGGUUGCUUUUACCAAAAGAUCUGUAUUUGAC